GCCCGGGGAGAGCCCGGCACGGCGGGACCGGGACCGGGGGACACGGGACACGGGACACGGCACAAGGGACCUUGCCCGCCUGCGGCCCCGCGCGGGCCUGAACCUCCCCCUGCUUCUGGAGUUGCUGGUGCGGGCGCUGGUGGGGCGGGGAGCGGAGCGUGGGAGCCGUGCCCGCUGAUUUAGCCCCCGCCCGGCUUCGUGCUCCGCAUGGGAAUGGGAUCCGGGAGCGCUGCCUCGCUGACCUUUUGGCUUGCAGCUGGAACCAUCAAGGGGGGAAAAUGAAACAGUAGUUUUAGACUUUGAGGACUCAUUAUGGAAGACUCAGAAGGACAUCACUUCAGCUCAGUGGAAGAGGAAACCAGAUAUUGGAAGGAGUUGGCUAUGAAAUACAAGCAGUGUGCUGAGAGUACACAGGAGGAAUUGCGUGAAUUCCAGGAGGGAAGCCGAGAGUAUGAGGCUGAGCUGGAGACUCAGCUGCAGCAAACAGAGUCCAGGAACAGAGACCUCCUGUCGGAAAACAACCGCCUGCGGAUGGAGCUGGAGUCCGUGAAGGAAAAGAUUGAAAUGCAGCAUUCGGAAGGAUACAGGCAAAUCUCUGCGCUGGAAGAUGACUUGACACAGACAAGAGCUAUUAAAGAGCAGCUUCAGAAAUACAUUCGAGAACUUGAGCAAGAAAAUGAUGAUUUGGAAAGAGCAAAAAGAGCCACUAUAAUGUCCCUGGAGGAUUUUGAACAGCGUUUAAACCAGGCUAUUGAAAGAAAUGCUUUUCUGGAGAGUGAGCUGGAUGAGAAAGAAAACCUUCUGGAGUCUGUGCAGCGCCUGAAAGAUGAAGCUAGAGAUCUACGACAAGAGCUUGCAGUGCAGCAGAAACAGGAGAAGCCCAAAACACCAAUGAGAGCUCCCCUGGAAGCAGAAAGAACAGACACUGCAGUUCAGGCCUCCUUAUCAGUGCCCUCGACACCCGCAGUGCGCCGGACACCCAUCAGCAUAGCCACCCCUGGGACGUUCAGGAGAGGUCUUGAGGACAGUUAUGGUGCAACCCCUCUCACACCAGCUGCAAGAAUAUCUGCACUUAACAUUGUGGGAGACUUGCUGCGAAAAGUGGGGGCUUUGGAGUCCAAGCUUGCAUCCUGCCGAAACUUUGUGUAUGACCAGUCUCCAAACAGACCUUCAGUGUCCAUGUACAUGAACAGAGAUGUCCUUGAAACACGCCUGAGUCCUCAUCAGCCUCUGUGUGAUACAGGGUUGGUGAAACGCCUGGAGUUUGGAGCACGGCCUUCACACAUUCCGGGACCCGUGAGCCAUCCCUCACAAAGUGUUGUCAAGAUGCUGCUCUGAAAAGCCUGGCUGGCUUUGGGAACAAGAAGAAAUGUGUAUUUCAAACUUAAGUUUUAAAGAGAAUAUCAGUGAGCAAGCAGACAGCAAUGUCAGGGUAGGUGAGAACUGAGCAAGAAGUCACAACUGGCAGUGGCUUCCAGUGUGGCCUCUGGGCAAGUGCUGUGGGUGACAAAGCAAUGCUGACUGUGGCAGUGCAGGACUGGGAAUUGCUUCCUGCAUCAGCUGCUGUAAAUAGCUCCUUGAAGGUGGCUUCUUUUGACACUGCCAAAGCCAUUGUCCUUCUGCCUACAACACAGCAAUAUUCACUGUGCAGCUCCUCAGGCUUUGGCUUUCAGUGUUAAUACACCACCAGUUCUGGCUGGAGCUCUCUUUUCUGCCAUGGGUGUUGUGUGCUGCAGUCACCCAAAUUAAAGGAGUCUUUUUAUGUGGAGAAAGGUGUAUUUUUGCAGGGAAGCUGCUCAUCUCCUUGUGGGAUGUUUACUGACCAGAAUGUUGCUGCACAAAAACCUGCCUCUGUAGUGGAAGAUGUUUCUGUAAGCAAUGAUUUCUCAUUCAGAACAGGUCAUGGUUAAAGGUGAGACAUGUCUAGUGCUGAGAGUGCUCAGGAGAUUCCAGAGCUAAUAGCAUGAACACUUUUUUUUUUUUUUUUUUUUAAACCCUAUUAUGGCUUAUAAAGCCUGAUGGUUGUAGGAGGCCAAACCUGGUCAAGUUUCUCGUUCUAACAUCUUGAUAGGUGGGUUUUACUGCUUUACAGACCUCCCUUCACUAAGGUGCCUUGGGUGUUAGUUAUUUUUUUAUUGCUUUAUAUUUCUAUAUGACUGUAUCAGCUGUUACUAAUGUAGAAAUGCUUUUUUUAACCUGAAAAGCCCUUUAUGCUAAAGACAUGUAUGUGAGUAGAGAAUUAUUUUUAAAUAAUAUUUCCCCCUGUAGAAUAUUCCUGCAUUUGUUUUUUAAAUGGAGUAGGUUCAUUUCCAGUGUUAAUGUAUUUUAUGGAAAACUGUAGUUGCAAAACUAAUCAUGACUAAACAAUUUUAAUGGUGUGGGUUUUUUUGUUUUGUUUUGUUGGUUUUUUUUUUUUUUAAGGAAGCGCUGUGAAAACAGUACCGAGGCAUCUGUUUCUCUAGAAUAUGUAAACCACAGAUGAUUUCCAUUUCUCAGUCCACCUAUGAAGUUGGUUUAAAUGGGGAGCAGAAUAAAGCUUAUUUUGAAUGCGA